GGCAUGGUUUGAACGCUGAGUGACGGCGUGAGGAGCAAACGGACUCACCAGCACCAAAACAAGAGCAGGAAGGUUUUUUCACCUCAACCUCAGUCAGUCACCAGACUGGAAGUCUAGACGGUUAACUCACAGGCUGUGCUGGUGGGCGGGCCCCGAGGAAACGGGGGCGGGCCCAGAGGAAACGUGGUCAUCGGGAGGAAUUUAAAGCCUCAUUGUUCUGGAGCGGCACAGAUGGACUGAGGCGAGGUGUCAAAGCCCCCGGACUUGAGCUCAGGCAUGGAUCAGAUGAUGCCACAAGAGGGAGGAGGAGGAGCAGGAGGAGGGGCGUGUCUGCUUUGUAAGAAGAGUUGUUCUGGAUUCCAGCCACAUUCCUGGAGAAAAGCCUGCACAGCAUGUGGCUGCAAUACUGUAGACCACGCCCUCACGUGUGACGUCGAAGACGACCAGGGAAUGGGACGACUCCUGGCAGACUCUCCGUGCUCCCAUUUGACCGCAAAGGUUAAAGGGGGCGGCGGCCUUCGCAUGUACAAGAGAAACCGAAUGAUUGUGACCAAUCCGGUGGUUUCACGUAAAGACCCGACAUUCAACACAACGACUUACGACUGGGCACCAGCGGGCCUCAACCAGAAAUUGGCUGUGCGGUACAUGGAGCUUCUCCCGGCUGGCCAGCGCCCGAUUUCAGGGACCGCCGGAUCUUUGGAACGGCGCCGGCAGCUCCUCGUCCAGCUGCCAGUCUACGAUCAGGAUCCCAUGAAAUGUCAGAGCCUGAAGAGUGAAGAGGAGAUUUCCUCCAUGCUGCUGUUUGUUAAACACUACAAACAGGAAGUGCUGGGAGUGGGGGAGGUGGCCUUACCUGGUGAGGGCGGUGCUUUGAGGGAAGCAGCCAAUCAGAGGACACUGAAGGAGGACAAGGAACGCAAUGAUACUGAGAAGGAAAGUCAGCAGCAGCAAGACUGCGGCUCGGCUGCUGGUACCGCCGGUACUGGUUCCUCUAACAGUGCGGACGACUCUGUGCAGACUGAAUACCGCUGUACUGGUUGCCAAGCAGCGGUUGCUAAGGAGAGUCCAGUUGUUUACGCUGAGCGGGCCGGUUACCAUGACGCCAUGUGGCAUCCCACCUGCUUCACGUGUUCAGGCUGCGGUCAGGGAUUGGUGGACCUGGUCUACUUCUGGUCCAAUCACAAGCUGUUCUGUGGCCGACACUACUGCCAGGGGGUGUGGCCUCGAUGCUCCGGCUGCGACGAGCUGAUUUUCUGCCGCUCGUUUCACCGAGCGCCAGAUGGCCGGACGUGGCAUCUGGACCAUCGCUGCUGCUGGAGGUGUGGUCACAGCCCGGACACGCCCUGUCAGCACUGAUGCACACGCCUGCGUGUGUCCGACCUGCGUCCACGUGCUGAGCUGGAAAAACUGGAGUUGGAAAACAGAGUAUUUUUUAAAAAUGCACAAAUAACGUUAAAAACAGAUUCAUGUCGUCUGGAAGUGCUUAAAGCAAAUGACCUUUGAACCGUGUGACCUUGUUUACUGACAUGAUCGAUGUGAUUUAGUGUCUCAGCUCUCUGCUGUCUGUCCUCCUCCCCUUUUUUAUUAUUAAAGUCGAACGACACUCA